UUGGCACUAUUCGAGCAGAAACGGGGGUUGGGAGGGUCCAUGGGAUGAGUCUGACUUUUCCCUCGGCUAUUCGGCACCAUCUUGGACUCGACUCUUUGGACUCGAAUUUUGCUUACCGCACCAAAAUACGACGAUCAAGUCCAACAGUCGACUUUGUAAAUCUCGCCUCGACUAAUCAUACUCCUCAUGCGCAUACGACGAGAUCCUGGUCGACGUUGGCGUACCAGCUGACUGCCGUGGACGUCUACGAUACGGAUCAAACCUGA